UGCUGAAACGUGGCAUUGCCUCCUUUGACUACAAAGGACCUCAACAGUUCUCGGACCAAACGCCCUCCUUUCUUGCUCUGUCAGCUCUCACUCACAGUGUUCUGCAUGAGGAGAUCAGUGAUUUUUAUGAAUACAUGUCUCCAAGGCCUGAGGAGGAGAAAAUGCGGAUGGAGGUGGUGAAUAGGAUCGAGAGUGUGAUCAAGGAGCUUUGGCCCAGUGCUGACGUUCAGAUAUUUGGAAGUUUUAAAACUGGCCUGUAUUUGCCUACUAGUGACAUUGAUCUUGUGGUGUUUGGGAAGUGGGAGAACCUACCCCUCUGGACUCUGGAAGAAGCUCUUCGGAAACACAAAGUUGCAGAUGAGGAUUCAGUGAAAGUUCUAGACAAAGCAACUGUACCUAUUAUUAAAUUAACAGAUUCUUUUACUGAAGUGAAAGUUGAUAUCAGCUUUAAUGUACAGAAUGGCGUGAGAGCAGCUGACCUCAUCAAAGAUUUUACUAAGAAAUAUCCUGUAUUGCCAUACUUGGUUUUAGUGUUGAAACAAUUCCUGUUACAGAGGGACCUUAAUGAAGUAUUUACAGGAGGAAUCGGUUCUUAUAGUCUCUUUUUAAUGGCAGUCAGUUUCCUUCAGUUACAUCCCAGGGAAGAUGCUUGCAUCCCCAACACAAACUAUGGUGUUCUCUUAAUAGAAUUUUUUGAAUUAUAUGGACGACACUUCAAUUAUUUAAAGACUGGCAUCCGGAUAAAGGAUGGUGGUUCAUACGUGGCCAAAGAUGAAGUGCAGAAAAAUAUGCUAGAUGGCUAUAGGCCGUCAAUGCUUUAUAUUGAAGAUCCUUUACAACCAGGUAAUGAUGUUGGAAGAAGUUCCUAUGGGGCCAUGCAAGUGAAACAGGCCUUUGAUUAUGCCUAUGUUGUUUUGAGUCAUGCUGUAUCACCAAUAGCCAAGUACUAUCCCAACAACGAAACAGAGAGCAUAUUAGGUAGAAUAAUUAGAGUAACGGAUGAAGUCGCCACGUAUAGAGACUGGAUAUCAAAGCAGUGGGGCUUGAAGAACAGGCCUGAGCCUUCAUGCAAUGGAAAUGGUGUUACCUUGAUAGUAGAUACUCAGCAGUUAGAUAAAUGUAAUAAUAAUCUAUCUGAAGAAAAUGACGCCCUUGGAAAAUGUAGAAGUAAAACUUCGGAAUCCCUUAGUAAACACUCUUCAAACUCUUCAUCAGGUCCAGUGUCCUCCUCUUCCGCCACGCAGUCCAGCUCCAGCGAUGUUGAUUCCGAUGCAACACCAUGCAAAACCCCAAAACAGCUGCUCUGCCGUCCGUCCCCUGGGAACCGAGUAGGGUCCCAAGAUGUGUCCCUGGAGUCCUCUCAGGCAGUCGGGAAGAUGCAAAGCACCCAAACCACUAACACAUCCAACAGCAGCAACAAGUCUCAGCAUGGAUCAGCAAGGCUCUUUCGUUCUUCCAGCAAAGGCUUCCAAGGUACAACUCAAACAAGCCAUGGUUCCUUGAUGACAAACAAACAACAUCAAGGCAAAUCCAAUAAUCAGUAUUACCAUGGCAAAAAGAGGAAACACAAGAGGGACGCAGCCCUCUCAGACCUGUGUAGAUAGUUGGCGCUGUGCAGCGGACUAUCUUCUCUGUGCAGUGAUCUCGUGCUCAGGACAGUCGCGCAGGGACUCCUGGGAGACAUUCAGGAGCCUCACACUGUUCAGACGUUGAUUUAGCAACUGCAUUUUUUCCCAGCUCGCCACGGAAUGGAUCAUGAAGACUGACAACUGCAAACACAAAAAAGCAAGCAAAAAAGGGGGAAAAAAAGGCUGCUUAUUUGAUAAGUCAUAUGCUACAACAGGGUCAUUUUAAGAUUUAAAGCUUGAAUGUAAAAUAUAUUUCUCAUUGGCUUUAUGCAGAAUUAUAGGGACUAGUAUUCAGUGUGGGUAGGAUGAUAGACAUAAGAAACAAUUUCAGAAGAUGGGGUGGGGAAGGAAAGCAAAGGCAUCUCAUAGGAAGUCCAGAUUCCAGCGGGGAAAGUGAUCUGUGCAUGUUGUUUUUUUAAAAUAUUUUUGCAUAUAUUUACCAUUUUAUUGUGUGUAUAUAUAGAAGACCAUAUAGGAAAUUGAUAUUUGUAAUAGUGGAUUUGUUAAUACUUUUUACAUAACAUUACUGUUUAAAUUGUAAACAGAUUUUUUCUCAGGAUUAGUUUGAAAAAUAAUCUGAAUUGUCAUCUUAACAUCCAUAUAUAGGGAAGUGAUUAGUUCUAUUACUCAAUUUGUUUUUCUCAGCAUUGAAAUGACUUAAUAGAACCCUUGUGUCCUGCUGCAAAAAUUUUUCCUCUCUAAAGAAAAGGUUUAUGGUGGCAAAUAAUGUUUAUUUUAUUUUGUAAAAAAAAAAUGUACUACGUACUUUUGUGUAAACACUGAAAAAUCUCUAGUCAUCUCUGAGAAUUAACUUGCAGCUGUUUCUAUAGUGCUGUUGUCUUGGGCAAUGGGCAAUUACAUGACUUUGUGUUUGUUUCCUUUGCAGUCUUUUUUUUUUACCCCCUGCUUCUUCCUAAUAGGAACAAAAAGGCCACCCGCGUCUGGUCUCAUUCCUGUUGCAGUGGAACUCCGAGUUCCACAGACUUUGCAUGCUGGCUCCUCUAACCCCGUGUGCUGCGUGUGCUUGUGUUCUCAUCUCUUCUUCUUUUUAAAUUCAUGCUUAACUACUGUGGGAGAGAAUAACUGUAAACAGCUUUAAUUAAAUCAUACUUACAAAAAACUAUUUUCUUAUACUCCACUUUAUGCUUUUGGUAUUGUUGAUCUUUAAAAAUUAAAUGGUCUUUGAUAAUGGAUCUAUUUUGUAUUGCCUUAUUAAGACCAAAUACUUCUUGUCAUCCCAUUCUUUAUCCUUUCCUUUCAUGGAAUUGUUAUCUUUAAUUAAAACUUUUUAAACAUUUGCUUGUUUCAAUCAUACUGUAAAUUUUGGUUGUGGUCAGCUUGGAGUGCAAAUGAGAUGUAAAAUUCUGUUAUUCAUUACCUGUUGAGUUUGAAACUCAGUUGGGAAUAUUUAAUAUAAUAGAAUGUAAGUGACAUUUCUGAAAAUGCUUUCUUUCAAGGUGAAAGUUCCUAUGUUUAGCAUCAGUGUGUGUGGCUCUGUUAAAUACAGCCAUUUCUGAGAUGAGAUUCUUUUAUAUAUAUACAUAUAAAGUACUAUUGGCUUUUAGUAAUUUCUUUUAUAUACAUUUAUGAAGUAUUGAAGACCAAUCAGACCAUGAAUGGACACUUAGUGCAACUUUUUAAAAAGACAAUAAUGCUAAAGUAAGACCAAAACUGAUGUCAUCACUGAAAUUAACAAUUUUCAAUAUGUUCGUAUUUUAAUUCACAGUGGAAAAAUUGUUCCAAAACUGGAAACUCAUAGUACUUGUGUAAACCGUGGAAGAUUUUAAAUGUGAUGUUAUUUUGACAAUGUUUUAAAUUUUAGAAUCACAUUUUAUUCUGAUCAGAAUUUUUAUCAAAAUGUUGCGCUUUUGUUUUUUGAAACUAGUUUGUCAUAACAUGUUGUGCAUAUAAUCACAGUAUUUAUUUUCUAGGACUAUUGUGAAUGUGUAGACUUAUGUUUACUGCUAAGGGAACAAUUAUUUAUAAAAUAAUAUUAAAUCCAGUAUUAGCUGCCUAUUUCAGACACUUAAUACCUGCAGAAAUCCAUGUUACAUUUACCACACUGAAGUUUUUUGUUUUUUUUUUUUAAAGAAUCACCCUCAUUGUUGAAAGUAAAUGUACUCUUAGGGUGCGAAUAUUAGUGUUCAAUAAGCAUGUGAUUAUAUUAAGGUGGUGGUAGCGGGAAGAUCAUCUUGAUUCCAUUGGGAAUCUUAGGUUUUCGUAAAUUUAUUGGGAAAAUAGUUUUUCCUGUAUUGCUAAAGUUUCUUUUUGGUAAACAGUAUCUUUCUAAAAGAAAAAGCAUGAAGGAGAAUUGAGGUGUGUAUACAUUUCCUCAAAUGACCAGCAUUGUAUUCGUGAAUACUGUGUAUCUUGCAAUGAACAGUGUGGAAGCUGUUCAUUUUUCAAUCUGAAGUAAAAUACUUUCAAGAACUUUUA